AUGCCUUCGUCCUUCCUGACCGUCAACAACAACGUCUCCCUCAUCAGCAUCAGCGUCACGCCCAUCGGCUACCUCGCCUCCGUCGUCCUCGUCCUCGUCUUCCUCGCCGCCUGCAGCUCGGCCGGCUCCCCGACCUUCGAACCGGGAACCAACUCGUUCUGCGGCGCGACCGCUCCGUCACGCCAGCGCCGCCCUCGGCCCUCGCCCUCCCCGAUGGCCGACGAUCCCCUCGACGACCUCGACGUCUCCUUGAGGGACUUCGAACACCCGGUCAGUCCCACGAGCAUGCGCCACUCCUCGGCCCUGCCCAGCGAGCCGGCCACCGAGGACCUCGAGGACUCGGACAUCGCUUCCGGAGGUGGCUACUCUCCGCCCGCCUGGCGGAACCUCGGCAACGGCGCCCGGAGUCGCGGCUUCUGGAGGCCCCCGCCUGAGCCCUUUCGCGCCCUGCUGGGCCCCGACUCGGACGAUGAAGCCCCGAGCGACGACGACAACGUCCUGGAGCAGGCCAUCCGCACGAAGCUGCCCAAGGGCAGCCAGAGCCCGGACAAGAGGCCGAGUCCGAGCCCGGGCCCGGAGCCGAAUCCUUUGGAGGAUGCGACGCUGAGGAUCCAUCGCAAGAGUCCGUCCCGGGACAUGCCCCUGCCAGAUGCGAUGCUGUCACCCCAGCCCGAUAAUUACAUCCGCUUUGCCGUCCGCGCCGAAGUGCUGCAGCGUACUAAACCCAUAGAGCAUGCCAUCACCUUCCUGCAGAAGCGGUAUCGCGCCCUCACCUCGAGUUGGUCCACCAUCCUGACCACAUUUCUCGUCGCCCUUCUCUCCAUCUCGACCGCCAAGAUGCUCAGCAAACCGGCCGCCACGCGACCCGUCGGCGAUCUCGUCAAGAUUGCCGGCCUCGCCCGCUCCUUCGAGCCGCUCAUAUACUUCUCCGAGCCCGCCGUCGCCCAUGUCAAGGAGCUUCAGUCGACGAGCAUCGCCAUAUGGGAUCUCGGCGAGUCCGUGCGCAUCAGCGGCAUGGCCGACGCCGACACCAUCGUUCAGAACCUCGACGCCAUCAGCGAGACCAUGAAGAAGCUCGUCCUCGAUCUCACCAGGUUUCACACUCACGUCGACGGCGACAUUGACGCGAUCCUCGAUAUCAUGGACUGGGCCAAGAUGCACCUCAACCGCCUCAACAUUCGAGGCCCGACCUCUCAUCUCUCCCACGCCUACGACAAUAUCCACAACCUCCUCACCGACGCUCAGAUCCUCGAGGACGCCUCGGGCACGCCUACACGCCUCGGUCGCGUCGCCACCGCCGUCUUCGGCAUGAGCAACCCCCAGCGCGAGCAGCGCAUGAUCCAGCGCCUCUUCACCGCCUUCCUCUCCACCAUCGAAGAGGCCAUCCAGGACGAGCUCGAGCACAGCGUCAGCCUCUUCGCCCUCUUCGACGACAUAGACAACCACUUCCUCAAGCUCGCCCGCCACGUCGCCCACGAGUCCUCCACCCAGGACGAGUUCCACGCCGAGCUCCUCUCCGGCCUCUGGGCCCGCAUUCUCGGCACCCGCGCCGCCGAGCUGCGCAAGUUCGAGCGCAACCGCGCCCUCCUCCACGACGUCCGCAGCAAGACGGUCCGUAACAAGGGCACCCUCGUCAGCCACCACGGCAAGCUUCUCACUCUCAAGGCCUCCCUCGAGUCCCUCCGCGGCAAGCUGGCCUCCCAGCUCGUCCGCGGCCUCAACUCCAGCACCCUCACCCUCGACGACCAAAUCCGCGGCAUCUCCGGCGUGCGCGACUACCUCGCCGACAUCCGCCGCGAGCAAAAGUCCAAGGUCAUGGAGACGCUCUACUCCAUCGACCGCUCUAAAAAGUACGCUCGCGUACCCGAGAUUGAGCCCGGAGCUACAUCCACGACGGCAGUCGGGCUGUGA